GCCCACUCUUACCUGUGUUCACCUUGGCCCUCAGGUGUAGCGGCGGCGGUGGUGGUGGUGGUGGUGGUUGCGAUGACCUGCCUGGGAGGGGUCACGGCGGAGGAGGAGCAGCAGCAGGAGGAGGUGGUGGUGGGGGAGGCGGGGUCAAGGUCAUUCUCCGGCUUCUUCAGCUCAAAACUUGGUGACCUCUACAAGAUGCGACAAUCACUCCUGGACUCCAUGACGAUGACCACGACGCCUACUACUACUACUACUACUACUACUACUACUGAUACUGAUACUGAUACUACUACGGCCAGCCACGAUACCAGCUCCCCGGCCCUUCCCUCCUCGACACUUGGUUGGUCUUCGCGCGCAGAGGGCAAUUCGGCUUUCCAGAGUCUGUAUGACAUGUUAAAGGGGGUGGAGGACCCUCAACAACCUCUCCAGCUUGAGAAUGUGCCUGACGGAGGGCUGACAAAGGGGAAACUUGGGCCUGAAGGAGAGCUGACGAAGGUGGUGAUGAACUGGAGGGCUGCUAAUGGCACUUUCGAUCCUCAGCUUCCUCUGUCGAAUGAGUCUUUGGCUGACGACGGGCUGACAGAGGAGGUGCUGGUCGGAGAACUGACGAAGGUGAGAUCUGGGCUUGAAGGAGAGCUGGAGGAGGUGACGAACAUGAGAUCUACCAGUGACACUAUCGAUCCACAACUUUCUCUUGAGUCUUUGGCUGACGGAGGGCUGACGGAGGAGCUGGACGAAGGACUAGUAAAGGUAAAAUCUGAACCUGACGGAGAGCUGAAGGAGGAGCUGACGGACUGGAAGGCUACCAAUGACACUUUCGAUCCUCAGCUUCCUCUGUCGAAUGAGUCUUUGGCUGACGGAGGGCUGACGGAGGAGGUGACGGACGGAGGACAAAAGAAGGUGGAAUCUAGGCCUGCAGGAGAGCUGAAGGAGAAGGUGACGAAAUGGAGAUCUGCCAGUGACACUAUCGACCCUCAACUUCCUCUUGAGUCUUUGGCUGACGGAGGGCGGACGGAGGAGGUAGAGGAAGGAGCAAUAAAGGUGAAAUCUGAACCUGACGGAGAGCUGAAGGAGGAGCUGACGGACUGGAAGGCUACCAAUGACACUUCCAAUCCUCAAUUUCCUCUGUCGCAUGACUCUUUGGCUGACGACGGGCUGCUGGAGGUGAGGCACUGGAAGGCAGUUAACAACACGGUCCAAAUCCCCAACCCCACCCCAGCCGCCCAUGGGGAACCCGAGGACCACUGGGCGAGGGUGAAGGGGAUCUUUGAGAACAUGAAGUCCAUCCUGCAGCAGAUGUACCCUGGGGAGGCCACUGACGUCCUCGGCUUCUCCUUCUUCGAUCGAGCCAUUGCCUUGGGGGACAAAAUGCACCUUCUUCAGGAUAUGGUCCAGUCCUUCGACCCUGCCCUCCUGGAGUACCUAUCCGCUAAGUGGGAGGACACGAAGGGGACUCUAGUGAACUAUCCAAUCAUCAAGUCCGUGAUAUCUUCCAGUACACAAGAACUCGGCUGGAGUCUCCUGGUACCUCUUAUGCACCAGGUGGGCGGGAUCCUGCAGAGACAAGCCUUCACACACGUCGCUGAACUGGACUUCGUGACGGAGCUCAUGCGGACGUCGGGCUUCAAGGACAGGGAGAUCAGGAAGGUGUACGAGCUGCUGGACCUGCCUGUGGGGACGCUGGACGGCGCGGACACGGAGCUACAGGAGGAGUCGAGGCAGUUUCAAAGCUAUGGCUAUCUCGACCCCUCAGACAGCGGGGACGGAGAAGGCGAUGCGGAACCCAGGCAAUACAACAACUACCCUGGCUAUAAUACCCUCGACAAAUCCGGCGGGUACGGACACUCUGGAGGCGGUGGGUAUGGAGGCAUGCACGGCGGGUAUGGAGGUGGGUACGGGUAUAUGCAAGGCUUUGACCCCUUUGUCCUACUCGCUGGGUUAGCCUUCGCGACCUUCCUGGCCUACCUCAUCUACCGCCUGCUGUCCAGUACUGCGGGCGGCGGCAGGAGGGAGGCGCCCGACGUGACUCUGGCCCUGGACCUGUCUGACCUGCCCGGCGUCAUGAACAACCUGUACUCGUGGCUUGAGGGCGCGAAGGAGCAGUACGAGGACGCGGCGAGGACCCUGGUUGAGGAGGGGCACAGUCUGGGCUGGGCAGCGAACCACCUGUGGGCGAACUACCAGGUGGAUCGCCUCUCCAGGGCCUGCGUCCGCCGCGCCCUCUGCGAUACGGUGAAGGCAACGCAAGAGCUCGAUGCCCCCGACGCCCUCCUGGAGCAUUUGGCACUUACCGGCCUCGCUCAGCUCUUCGGCGAGGACAACACCGCUGCCUACCUCGACCACGUGUCCUCGCGGUUGGUGAAGGGCAAAAGCGUGCACUGUGAGAUCGAGGCGCCUGAUUGUGACGAGGAUGCAUACCGAGGGACGCCGCGCCACCCCCAGGGCCCCGACAUCCCCGAUAAGGUCCAGGGGAGGAGGAUACAUAGGAAUACAUAGGAAGAACAGACACCAGAAGGCCUGAGGUGGAAGAGAGAAGGUGAAGGAGGAGGAGGAGGAGGAAUACAUAGGAAUACAUAGGAAGAACAGACACCAGAAGACCUGAGGUGGAAGAGAGAAGGUGGAGGAGGAGGAGGAGAUUGUGAGAGAAGGAAGAAAUGGUGAUGUAGAGUGGAAGAGGAGGAGGAAGAGGAGGAGGAGGAUGUGGGGAGAGAAUGAAGGAGGAGUAAUGUAAAGUGGAGGAGGAAGAGGAAUAAUAGAAGGAGAAGGAGGAGGAAUGAUAUGAGGAGGGGAGAUAAAAGAAGUGAUGUAAUAUGGAAGAGGAGGAGAAGGAG